UACAGAAGCGGGACAUGAGAACAUUCGGGUUCACCGAUGCAGUAUACACUCACAGAGACUGGCAAUAGAUGACUUGACUUGUAGAUGAAGAAGCAGUGUGGCAAAAUAAAAGUGAGUGCUAAUUACUCGCCCAUUUUGGCUUGGCAUGUAUAGAUGUGACAAAGUGUAAAUCUGAUAACUGUUGGAGAAGAAGAACAACAUAGCAGAAAGCCGGAGAAGCACACAGCGUAACGGAAGCAGUUUCAGAGGAUGAAUAGAGAGUAAAACUGUGUGAAAGAAGCAGAGGAGGACUGGAGAGACACACAUUGAAGGAAAGAGAGAAGCACACAAUAUAGAGAAGGAGUGAAGGAUAGUCACAUAAAGGAGAGAGAGGAAAGAAGAAGAACCUGGAAAAGCAUGAGAGAGGAGGAGCAGUCUAAAGAUGACCACCCUGAGGGAAGGGUGGUUUCCAGUGAGGAAGACACAGGAAGACAACCUUUGAACGCCUGUCCCGUCGUUGUGGCAAAACCAGGGGUCACCCGGCAUAAACGGCUGAUGGGCACACGUCAUGUUACCACAGUUACUCCCCCCACCCCAGCAGACAAUGGCCAGACAGGGGACGACACCCAGAUUUACACGCUGACUGGACCUAAAAGACUCAAGAGGAGCCCUCAACAUCGACCACCUUCCUCAGACUGGUCCAUUUCUCCUGACCCCGGUCCUUGUCCCGGUAGUCUCUCAGCCCUUGAGGACCCACACGGCCAGCGGGUGAUAGCCAACAUCCGUGAACGGCAGCGGACGCAAUCUUUAAACGAAGCCUUCGCCUCAUUGCGUAAAAUAAUCCCAACUCUCCCCUCCGACAAACUAAGCAAGAUUCAGACCCUUAAGUUGGCGUCGCGAUACAUUGACUUUCUGUACCAGGUUUUGCAGAGUGAUGAGUUGGACACUAAGAUGGCUGGAUGUAACUACCUGGCCCACGAGAGACUGAGCUAUGCCUUCUCUGUCUGGAGGAUGGAGGGUGCCUGGUCGACCAUGUCUGCUGGUCAUUAGCUCAACCUUAAUGCAAGAUUUGUCCUUUGAUUGUUGCCCUAAAAAGUGGGAUGAAUUCCUCAUUACAGGGAAAUAUUCUUACUUAACACAGAGUGCUGAGGAGGCGUCUGAACUGUGUCUGCUUACCAGUGGACUAUUUAUCACCUCAACUUAGAUUAUCUGUCUGUCUCAGUGAUGAUGGAAAGACUAUCUGACAGUUGAUAAGUAGAGAUUCUAGUUUUAUGUGAGUAUUUGGAUGGAGCUGGUUUUUAAGCCACUACCCCUUCAUGAAAAUUGCAGUUUUCAUUGUUCAUUUCAGAUGUGACUAUGGAUUGAUUCUAUUGUUUCUCUUGCCAAAAGCAGCUAUUGCGUGCAGGGACAUUGUUGUCAGUGUGUGAUUCCUAGACAUUUGUACUGUCUACAUAGAUGACAAUGGAUGACAGGACAAUCUGAGAUACAAAGACACCCAGACAUCAUUCAACAUUAACCAACCUGAUGGUUAACGAUGCCCUGUCCUAAAUGUUGCCUCUACCUGACAGCACAGCUCACCCUGCUGGAACCCUCUGACAUCUCGGCUUUCUAGGGCUUUUGGAGCUUGACCUCUGGUUUCAUCCUCAUCAUCACCCUUGAUUUUAUCACCAUAAAUCACCAUAACUGACAUCAGUAUGAUCAUCAUCAUCAUUAAUAUCUUCAUCAUUAUAGGUAUGCAUAUUUUGAGCCACAUUUUAACUUCAUUAAAUGUUUUUAUUUAACUUUAUUUCUGCCUUGGCUAGCAAGUGUUUAAAGUUUUUUAAUAUAUACAAAGAGCAACAACUACAGCAUACAGGAAAGGAAUUAGAAAAAAGUGGACAACUGGAAAGACAAAAUUUGAUGUUUGAGAUACAUUUUGAGAUGAGACAUUGGACCUUUGACUUUUCUGUACACUUUCAACUCCUACUUUUCCAAGAGUCUGACAUAUUACUCUGAACCAAAGUCAUGGUGGAAAAACUAGCUGCAGGCAGCAGCCUAACUGAAUUUUCUCCUCUUUAUUUUCAAACCAAGCCCUUUUGUUUCUUCUAGUGCCAAAAAAACUCUCCUAGAAUUUCUUUCCUCUCAUUCUGGCCAAAAUUUGCUUGAGUUGCACAAAACCAUGAUGCGGCUACAGCGAGGCAUAAUGAAAACAAACAGUCUCUAAAAGCCAUGAAUCAUGUGUGUCACCAUCAAAGGGGAGGCUGAUGUGGCUCCCCACUGGGCUCCCAUAAACCAAUGGAAGUGAUGGAGGAGGUGAGAGCUGAUUAAUGCACACACAAAUGUGCACACAGGCAUAGGUGUAGCCAUGUAGCCAGAACUGCCCAAAGUCUUGGGUUCGCAAAAAAGAGUGCCAUUUUAUUUAAAUGUCCAUAAUCACAUCCAUGAUUACCAUAUUAUAUACAUGCAUUAAACAAAAAACUAAAAGUCAGUUUUUGUAUUGUUAUACCACUGUUUGUUGUCUUACCUGCCAAGCAAAUGAACCUGCAAGGUUAAGCUUAUAUUUAAUACAAACAACCGUAUUCAAAAUAUAUGGGGUUGACAUGCUGUUUGUAUUCAAUACAUAUCCAUGAACCACUUCUUACUUGCCAACAUGCAUGAAGCCCAGCAACCUAUCAUUAGAAUGUCCUAGGGAGGUAGCUAACGUUUCCAGCUCCUAUGAAGAAAGCACAGUGUGGUCUCAGAAGGCUAACCUUCACAGACAUGUCAGUAGACACUUGACAUUAAAAAAUAAUUGAGUUAUGGGCCAAAAGAGAAAAGCAGCCCCUAUGCAUUUUGUAUUGAGUGGCUUAUUUAAUAAUCUGGGAGAGUAAUUUUGAAUGCAUAUUAAUUUCAUAAAGCAUUUGUCGACUUACUGAGACACUAUGACAGCUACUUAUUGGUAUCAGAAAAUUUACAUUGAAGCAAAUUUGGCAGUACCCUGUUGAUGUCCUAGUUAUUUUGUAAUUAUUUUAUUCAUAUGUCUAAAAUCCAAUAAUGAAUUUGUCAAUAUGUGUCCAAUAUGACCUCUACAAACUUUUAAAUGAAUCUAAGUGGUUACCAAAAUAUCAUAUCUGCCUUUUUGUCUUUCCAGCUGCUGAAUGAAGGGGCUGUGACCUUCACUGUACAUCUCUGGUCCAUGCUACCAUUUCUGCCAUUCUAAUCAUUUGGCCUUUAAUGCAGAUCUCACAUUUUGGAUAAAAGGAAUAUUUAAGAUAAUUAAAAGGCAUCUUGAUCAGUAGGCAGACUGACUAGUGGAAAGAGAGCACAUCUCUGUACCAACUAAACCAACAAAGAGCUUUAUUGAAAAUAAAUGGACAACACAGGUCAAGCAAUAUUUGUGUUCAGUUUUUUCUUAAAGUACUAUAUUCCAAGAUAUUAUCCUAAGGAAACAGUUAAAGAAAUUUCAAGCUAGACUUAAGUCUCAGAAUGCGAUUAGUGUCUGUCUCUUGCACACCAGUUUACAGACAGGGUGUGAGAUUUUUUAAGGAGCAUGUACUUGAAGUAUGUACAGUGUGGUGCUAUACAAAUGAAUGUCACAGUAUGAUAAAUAUCACAAGCAGAAAAAGCAGAGAAUUGCCCUGGAGAAUUAGUUGUAGUAUUUUUCUGAAAAAAAAACUUUCCUCAAACAAUGAAAUUUGUGUUUUGUUAAAACUGGAUGAUAAACAGUGUAAAUAUUUAUACUGGCACCACACUCUCUUUGUCUACUGUCUCUCUUGUUUUCCCUUCCUUCCGCCUUCCCCCAGUCUUUUUCAUAAUGAGAUCUGUGUGCCUUUGCCUGGUCAGUCAGGAACAGUUAAUUUUUCCAAAAAGAACACAUUAAUGUGCAAUUAAGUUGUAGCUUGAUAUUUUCAGUUAUGCUACAGUGGCCUGCAUGUUUAGUGCCAUAUCCUGAUACUUUAGCAAGAGUUAUGUCAUUAAAGCUUUUACAUAAGCUAAGGGUAAACCUUAAAAAACACACAAGGGAACAUAAAUACAAUAUGGUUUAACAACAUUUAUCAGUGUUGGUAUAAACGUUUGGCCAUAUUCCAGUAGUCUCACUCACAGACGUACGUAAACUGUGCAUUGUUUUUAACUUCUGCUAACUUAUUCCCUUCCUGCACUAAUGUUUUUGCAGAAACACUAGUUAAAGGCUCUGGUCAUAGGCGCAGGUAUUUGUGUUAUGGUCCAUGAUUGUGGAGC